UAGUGAAUGCAGGGUCCGGGGAGAGCGGAUAUAGUGAAUGCAGGGUCCGGGGAGAGCGGAUAUAGUGAAUGCGGGGUCCGGAGAGAGCAGAUAUAGUGAAUGCGGGGUCCGGGGAGACCAGAUAUAAUGAAUGCAGGGUCCGGGGAGAGCGGAUAUAGUGAAUGCAGGGUCCGGAAAGAGAGGAUAUACGGAUAUAGUAAAUGCAGGGUCCGGGGAGAGCGGAUAUAGUGAAUGCGGGGUCCGGGGAGAGCGGAUACAGUGAAUGCGGGGUCCGGGGAGAGCGGAUAUAGUGAAUGCAGGGUCCGAGG